CAUAUUUCCGCGCCUCCAUUCAUUUGUUUCCCUCUCGGCGGCGCCGCUUGAGUUUUCGCAGCUCUGCUUCGGUAUUUUCUGUGUUUUUCGCGUUUUUCUGCGCCUUCGAGAGGAUCAGCAGCAGGAUGGGUCCUGUAGAGCUCCUCCACAUGUCCGUCUUCUCUCAGAGCUUCUCUCCCUGCGGACGAUUCCUGGCAGCCGGAAACAACUAUGGAGAGAUCGCAGUGUUCAGUCUCUCUGCAGCUCUGAGUCCAGAUGCCACAGCAGCCAAUCAGAAGCCAGUUCUGACCUUCACAGCCCAUGAAGGUCCAGUCUUCUCCCUGCUGUCCACUGAUGUUCACCUCCUCAGUGCAGGUAACGGAGAGAUCAGCGCCUGGAGCUGGAAUGAACUCACCAAGAAGAACGUCAAACCUCUGUGGACCAAGAGACCAAACUACAAGUCCAGUCUGGAGAUCCCAGAGAUCAACUCCAUGAUCAUCAACCCCAGAGACAACAGUCUGGUGGUGGGAGGAGGAGACAACAACAUCCACAUCAUGGACCUGGAACAUGGAGUCUUCAAGAACGUCCUUCAGGGCCACUCAGACUACAUCCACUGUGUGAGCGUCAGAGACAGAGAAGCUGAGAUCCUGUCAGGAGGAGAAGAUGGAGCAGUGAGGAUGUGGGACAGCAGGUCCAGUCAGUGCGUUCACUGCAUUGAAGUCUAUAAAUAUGAGAGCUGCGCUCGGCCUCAGUUCGGUAAAUGGAUCAGCUGUCUGACCACCGACUCUGACUGGAUGUUGUGUGGUGGAGGUCCGUCUCUGUCUCUGUGGCAUCUUCGCUCGCUGUCUCCUACCUCCAUCUUCCCCCUGAGUGGCUGCCAGCGACAGGCGGCCUUCUACCAGGACAAGAUCCUGGCGGUGGGUGAAGGUGCGUUCGUGUCCCACUGUCUGCUGGGCGGGGAGGUGAAAGCUCAGAUUCCCUGCACUCCUCAGAGCCUCAACACACUGCAGCUGAACACCAACAGCACUGAGCACCGGGUGCUGACGGUGGGAGGAAGCAGUGACCACAUCGACGUCUUCACCAACCUCUCUUACAGAGCCUUCUCCCUCAGCUUCUGAACGUUUCUAGCUCAACUUAAUAAAUUUUUUUCUAAUUUUUUACAAA